ACUAGUGGCUAGACCUGUAGUAAAUCACGCAAUGGGGUAUGUAAAAAUGUCCGGACAAAUGGAAGGGAUAAACAUACUAACCGAAUGUAAGCUCUCCACAACACGAACAAUAUCUGAGAAUAUUAAAAUGGCUUCCUUUUCGUUCAAUUUUUUCUCUCUGAUCACAUAAUGUUGUAGAUUAAUCAAGUCGGCCGUGGUGUCGCUGAAUUCAUGAGGGCAUAAACAGUCUAGAAUGAGACACACUCGUUUUCUAACCCUUUCAGUUCUACCAGCACUCGAAUCACGAUCGGAAAUUUCCUCUGUGAAUUCGUCUUGAAAUAAGCCAUGAUGAUGCACGACUCCGUCUUGAUUAUGUAGCAAUGAAAGUAAUGAAUAUUCUGUAUGCAACAACAUUUUGCCUUGUUUAUCGUCCUGUGUUUCACGACCCGGCUCUUCGACUGUUAACAUUUUUAAGCAAUAAAAGUCAUCAGUACCGUCUCGUUUUGCCAAACAUUGCACUAUACUUCGAACAGGAGAAUUGCCAAGCCUUGGUCCUAACAGAAAAUAGCCAGCGCGUUUUAAAGAACAUCGUUUAACGCUACAGUCACGUCGUGGUAAUUUUGCUCGACUAAAUUCCGCGUUCGAUGUGGUAGAUUUACGUUUUGAUGUUAGUCCAUUCGAAGGCCCUGCUUGUGCCAUCUCGCCUCGAAUAUUCCUGUGUGAAAGGCAUCAGAAGUUAAACAAUAAACGGAACCUAAAACAUUCGCAAGCCAUACAAUCGACACGUAAUCUGUGAAACGGAAAUUUCAAAGUGAUUUAUAAACCAUAGUUUAAAUGCCCCCAUAUUUCCCUCUGGGGAAAUGACUUUUGUUGUUGAGGAUGCGUGCGCAUGCAAAAUCUGAGUGAAAUUGACAAGUGAAAUGGACAACUUGUGACGAAAGCAGAAACGUAUACGAAAAUAGAACCCAAUUAGAAUAUUAUUUUGCUACAAAUACAAAAAUCUCAUGAAACGCGGUCAGAGAAUCUAAAAAUGACUUUACUUACUUUAGACGAGGAAGAUCACACAAAAUGUUCGAGUAUAAAUGAUGCAUCGUGAUUCAAUACUGACAUUUUCCACUAGUCUUCACUAUCAAUGAUCUUGCAGCCAUCUUGCGGGUCUAUGCGGACAAUCUCAAGCUAAAGUGACCGACUCGCGUCAGUGUAUAGAAAGCGCGAUGAACUGUUAUUAUUUCUCACUUCCCGUGAUCACGAGUGUUUCUAUGGUUACAAUAGAAGCAGAAAGAGUUUGGCAUUCCAAAACACGAGGUUGCUUCUUAAGAAUUGCACGUGCGGAAAGAAAAGUCGAAUCCCUGUCGUGUGGAACAAUUAGAACAAAGAAGAUAGGAGUAAACGUAUAAACGUGGUUUGAUAUUCGAGCCAAAGCUUGUACAUCUAGUGGAUUGUUUUUUGUAUGAAAUAUAUUUGAAUUUAUUGGAAAUAUUCCCACUGACAACCUGGUAUGAUUUACGUAACCAUGGACGCAAUAGCCUUUUAAUCUGAUACUAUAUAUACUAGUGUAAUUGCUUAAUGUGUAUAAUUGAAUUCUCUAAUACUUUAAUGAGAUCAUCCAAUUUAAAUCGAAACAGUUAGGAAUUGAAAAUCGUAAUAAUUUGCAGAAUUGUUAUGAAAUAAUAGAACUUUGACUACUUCUGAUUCUAGAAAAGUUCUUAGUUUCUGUGAUCUUGAUGCUCCCAAAGCAUAGGAGUGAAUGUGAUUUGGAGCGACCAUUCCAAAGAGCAUAUUUCGAAAAUGAAUUUGGAAGCAAAUCUAUUGGAGAGCCUAGCUGGAAGCCUCAUGUUAGAAAUGCUUUAGACCAUCCUGACUGUCAGGUACAUUCAACCAAGUAAGUUAACUUGUGUGUUCAUGAUUUGUGUAGGUAACUGUGAAAUCAUGCAACUUUUAUUUGUACUGUUUUAAAGAGGUGGAAAUGGUCUGGACUGGUUCUCAAGUAUAAGAUGUCCUCAUGGCCUUCAACAGAUCAAACCAAUCCAAAGUCAAUCACACAAAAAAAGAAAUGAAUUGAAGACAUCCAAUCUGUUGCAAGGUAAUCCAGUAAUAGCAUCAGGGCGUAUUGCCUGCAAGACUAAAAUCCUACAGGGCUCCUAGUGCUAUUUCAUUGGAACUACUGGGAAUUUCAUUUUGAAAUAAUAUUUUUGUAAACAGUAGAACAAACAACCAAAGAAGAUCAAGCCAAAACUCAGGCACCAGGUGCAUUAGAACAUGAUGAAACAGAGGAUUUUACCAGAGUUUGGGAAUUAACUUUGGAGAAAAGUAUGGGACAGAAAAAGAAAUGUAUGAAAUUGAAUUGAUAACAAAUCAUUAAAAUUAUUUUAUGCCAAUGCUCUCUCUAUUUGUAAAUGAAAAGUUGGUUAUGGAUAUUUAAACCUUUUCAGCUUGGGAUUGUAGAAAUGGCAUAAAGGAGAGAGCACCAGGAGACAAGGGCUACCAUGUGCCAGAGUGUGAAACAAGAUUUCACAACCAUGGAAGCACACUGCCUUCAGCUAGUUUUGGGUAG